CUUUUAGAAUAAAGCACACAACAUAGUAGCUGUUUCUGGCCUAGUCCAGUGUUGUGUUGCAUAGUGGCCAACACUCGUUCUCUGCAGGUAAGUAGGCGUCAGCAUGUAUUUCCUUGGAAUAAUCUCCCAAGUUGUAGAAAAGUGACGCUCAGGCAUUUCCCAAAGGUCUGGAUUUUUUUCCCCCCAUUAAUUUGUUCUCCUUCCUCUUUCUCCCACGUAGCACCAGCAGUCACAAUGUCCAGUGGGGUGUUUUCACAUCAUGUCUGUGGGCAGAGGACUGCCUAUUUCACUUUCUCCAAGCUAUCCAUGACUUAACAGGCCAUGAUUAUAUUCUUCCCAGCACUGUGGGGCUGGGCGCUGUCAGCCUGGAGUCUGCUUUCGUCUCUUCAGCAGGCUCCGAUUUCAGAAUAUGCUGGAAUUUCAAUCUCCAGAACUUCUAAGAAUGCCGCUUCAGGAGAUCUGUUUGUACACAAAAAUUCUGGUUCCAAUUAAUUGUCCAAUUGUAGACUUGCUUAUGAAAGCUCCUGAUCCUCUGCCUGCUGUAACUGUGAGAAAUGCUGUGCAUAUGCUUAAGACCAUAGAUGCCAUGGACCCUUGGGAAGAUCUCACUGAGCUUGGUUAUCACCUCACUGAAUUACCUGUAGAGCCACACCUCAGUAAAAUGGUGUUGUAUGCUGUAGUUCUGAAGUGCCUGGAUCCUGUUCUGACCAUUGCCUGUGCUCUUGCCUACCGAGACCCUUUUGUGCUGCCCACGCUGGCCUCCCAAAAGCAUGCAGCUGUGCUGUGCAGGAAGCGUUUUGCUGCCGGAACGUUCAGUGACCACAUGGCCCUGCUCAGGGCUUUACAGGUAGUCUUUCAUUUCAGAGAGUACUAAUCACAGGACAUCACUCAAGCAAAAUGCAGAUGCACCAGUUGGAUGUAGAGUGGCGGACUGUGAUUAAGGGCUCAGAGAAGACUUUCUUUUUGCCUAGUGCC